AUGGUUGCCAUGGCCACCCGAGAGAGUUAUCCUACCGACAUACUACUCGCCCCACCCGUGCAUCGUCAAGCUGUUGAGACGCAUUUUAUGUCCCUGCUCAAGGAAGCCGAUGCAUUGAAGCAUCGCAGUCAAGUGAUGAAUCAAAUGCAAGCUCGCGAUCAUCAACAGUUGUGGACUGGAUUGCUGAAUCAUCAGUUUGACAAAUUUUGGACCAUCAAUCGACGGCUAAUGGAACCCGUGGCUACCAACCAAAGAGUCGAUUCCCCUCAACUGUCCACCAGAAGCGGGACGCCUUCUUUACCGAAAACCGAUGACACGGAUGAUCAGGCGAAAUCCGGCGCAGAUGAAGUCACACCGGCAGUGCCAAAUUCAGAUUCGCCCAGUCGUUCCCGUCAGCUGGCGUCAUCCAUCAAGGCGUUUCGUUUAAUCCCGCUACGAUUAUAUCGGAGUUCUGCUGAUGAAUCCACGGAUCCAUGCCCGUUUGGCUACAUUCAGAAACGUAUUCAACCUUACACAAAUGAUGGGAGUCUCAUUUCGAUUGCGGAUGCAAUGCGUACUCUUCUCGUUCCGGGGGACGAAGAAAAUGUCGACUCAAUACUUGCUGGUCAGUGUUGUUUAUAUCAGGCGGGAUGA